CGUCGCGGACCCGCGCUUCUGGCUCGAAUUUACUUUUUUUUCUUUUUUUUUUUUUUCUUUCUUCUCCUUCAUUCAUUGGCUCUCGGUGAGUUUGGAUGGUAUACCGUUGCUGUUGGAGUGGCUUUCACGUGGUUUUGUUCCUUAUUAAUUGGUUAUAGUGUCGAGUGAUUUGUUUUUUUUUCACACCCAUCGGAGAGGUGGUUUGUCGAUCCCGCGGUGGUCGGGAGGAUGAUCGGCGAGCUUGACGAUCGCGCAAGAGAAGCAACGGCUGAAAUCAACGGUGCCAAGGAGACGAGCACCAGCCACUGACCCUCGGCCGGCGCCAGGGUUAAUGAGCCCCUUGUCCGUCACCAGCGAGGAUACCAUUACUGCCUACCAGUGACCAUGAUGAAGUUCAAAUCCCUCUUCCGCCGAGGACAGCAGAGCCACUCGUCCCACCAGAAACAACAGCGCAGCCAAAAGUCGUCCAAUCCGCAACAGCAGGUAGCCGCGCCUCAGAUACAACCUGCCGCGACCACCGCCGUUGUCCCCGAGGGCAACAAGCCCAGGAGAUCGAGCAACGACAGGCUCUCCUCGUCCUCGACCUCGCUCACUUACUACGAUGCCAGGAGCAACGGGCCCCAGACCGGCGCUUCAGCGGCUGGAAAAAACCCGGCAGCCGUACAGGGUUCGAACUCGUCGGGUGCGACGACCGCGGGUGGUUGGAGGCAAUCGGCAGUCAUCCCGUCGGACUACUUGGCUCGGAUGCAGGAGCUGGAGCUCGAAAACGAGGCCCUCAGGAUGGAGAGGGCGAGACUCGAGGCCGGGUACAGGAACGCGGCCAAUUGCGUGGAGAGCCGACGAUUCGAGGAACAGCUCGCCGAGAUCGCCCAUCUGAAGGAACAGCAUAGCCUAGACCUGGAGCGUCUUGCCAAAGAGAAUGAGGCCCUACGGACCAGACUGCACGACGUUGUACACUCGCCACUCUCGGAUUCACAGAAGCAGCAGCUUCUAGAUGCAUCACGACUGCACAAUUCAGCGCCAGCUUCCAUUGCAGCUCUGCAAGAGGACAGCUGUGCUGGAUCUGCUAAUAUGACUCAAGAAAAUGCAAGGAGCACCACACCUGAAUGGGAUAAAAGAUCUUCUAGCUCAGAGGUGUCUGUUGCCUGCUUGCAAGACAGAAUCUUACAGAUGGAGGAAACACAUUACUCUACAAACGAGGAGUUGCAAGCCACCAUACAAGAACUCAGUGACUUACAGGCACAGUUAACAGAACUGCAAGCAGACAAUGAAAGACUUACAGAAGAAAAAGGUGUACUGCUGGAAUCUCUUUGUAGGCAAACAGAAAAGUUGGAAGACUCUCGAUCACAGGUUGAUACACUACACGGUCUGCUUCUAAGAGAUGAGCCACCUCAAGAAUCAAAGGGCUACAACACAGAAAGGGAACAAAAACUGGUGGACUUACUCAAGAGUGCACAAGAAGAGCGUGAAAGUCUUUUGCAAAAGCAAGAAGAAUUGACCACCGAACUGAAGGCACUACGUUCAAGCGCAGAUUCUAGCUCAGUGGAGGUCGAGCGGUUGACGAAGCGCGUUCAGCUCCUCGAAUCGACGAUAGAUUCGGCUAACAUUGAGCGCAAACUCCUUGAUAUUGAACUCGCAGAGUCAAAACAGGAAGGCGCAAAUCGUAGUAUCGAGAUCAGUCGGUUGGCAACGUUACUGGAUAAUGCGCGCGCCAAGAUCGAGGAGCUGGAGCAGUCCAGGCAGCUAGAAACUAAGAGCGAAGCUGAUGAGAUGCUAGAUGCGGCUCGUAGAGAGAAGGAUACCUUGGAGACACAGGCUGCAGCGUUACAGGAACAGCUUGCCAGGUCUCACUGUGAUCACGAUCGUCUGAGGGACCAGUACUCGCAGCUUCAGGAGGAGUUCAAAGUUGCUCGUAACAACGCAAAAUCAGCGAUCGAGGAUCUGGAAUAUCGGCUGAGCCAAAUCAAGGAAGAGCGGGUCUCAGUGAAUGCGGAACUUCAACUGGUUCGUGAUUCGUUGGCCGAACUGCAGUCCCAGUGCCAAAGGCACCUUGAGGACAAGCGUGAGAUGAAGACCGCGCUCAGUGAGCUGCAGCGCCGGGAACGCGAGGCGCAGAGUCGUCAGCACGAGCUGGAGUGCGCCCUGGCUGAAGAGCGCAAACUCAGGCAGGAAGAGAGCGCCGAGUGGCAGCAGUUUCAGUCUGAUUUGCUGAUGACGGUGCGGGUCGCCAAUGAUUUCAAAACCGAGGCUCAGAGCGAAUUGGAACGCGUCGUGCUGGAGAACAAGACACAGAGAGAUAAGCUGAGGGCAUUGGAGGCUCAGUUAGACAAGCUCAACAAUACGAGCAGUGGCGUUAAAAAACCAGGAAGCACAGCGUUAAAGCGCGGACGCACUAUUGUUAAAAAGCGUAUCGAGGUGAGGAAAUGCUUUGCAAAACCGGAAGUAGCAAAAUCAAAAAGUAUCUCUAAAAUUUCAAACAGCAGCCCAUCAAAGACUAAAAUGACUCAACAAAAAUGUAUUAACCAAAAGCCAGAAAAUAGCACUUGGUUCGAUCUUCCCGAUCCAGUGAAUUCAAAUUUCAAUACUAUCGUUAACAAUAAGUCAGAAGUUGAUGCCAGUGUGCACAGCAAUGGCUUAAAUGUCCCCCCAGAUAAUAUAGUUUUGACAAAACCACCAUAUUCGCCUCAACUGUCUAGAGAUAGGCAAAGGCCACGGAUUAUUGAGUCGACUCCUAAGCGCUCGUCAGAUGUACCACUAAAUUUGAACAAUGAUACCAGUGAUAACAAGAAAUUUUAUGACGUUAACGAUGCCGUGGAUAAAUCCUGUAAUGGAAUAUGUCAAACGAUAAAAGAAAAAUGCGCUCCAAAAAUAAUCGAUUCCAUACCUAAGGUAAAUGGAGAGAUGCCUAGUACACCUAAUGUUAUUCAAAGAUCUAAGUUUUACUUAUACGACGACGACGACAACGACAACUAUGACAAUAACGAAGAUGAACCCAAGCGCGUAAACAACACGAACGUCACUUCUUGUGAUUCUAACUCGCAAAGUAGUUUGCAAGAUAAGAUAACGGGUAUCCAGAACGUGGACAAAGACAUUUAUAGCAUCAGUGUGUCCAAUAGUCGGUUUUUCGUGCCAAAUAGUUAUGUUUUCACGGACUACGGGAACUCAAUGAAUGAUCUGAAUUUCCAAGUUGACCCCGAAAUGACAAAGACUUUGAGAAAAAGUUUAGAAGCAACGGCGAAGAGUACCGAAGAUAUUGCCAAAGAACUUGUCCUAGAAGCCGAAAGCAAUGUUGUCACAGAUAUUGAUGUACUGAAGAGGCCUUUAUUCAAUGAAGAUACGACUGAUUAUGUUAAAAAAGACUACAAAAUCUUGCAUAACUUUGAUACAAAGUUAGAGCCAAAGAUGAGUCCUGCAAUAAUCAACUUCAGUGAUAGAAACUUUGAGAACAAAGAAUCCACCACAGUUGAUUCAAAAAAGCCCGUGGCCAAAGAUACAGUUCUAAUAGAUGAAAUCGUUACAUUUACGGAAUCCAAAGCAGUUGAAUCAAAGAAGCCUUUGAAUAACGGAUUUAUUUUAAAGGAUGAUUUGUGGAGUAAAAGACCCGUGACGGAAAAUUUGCAAGUGUCAAGAGCGAAUUUUUUGAGGAACUCCAUACACGAAAUACAGCCGGCUACUGUAGCGAUGAGAAGUAGGGACUUAAUGUCACGGAAAUCGGAUGUCACACCACUGGCAGUUUCGAGAUUUCCCUUGACAGUGACGAAACUAGUCUCAGCCAUGCGUCAGAAGUUUGAGGAUCUACCGACUCUCAGAAUGAAAGAUGAAAACUCUCAAUCCAGACAAAACAAUCCGUUGGUAGCGCGAAAACGCUACGCUGGAAAUUUCGAGGAUGUCGUCAUAGCCUCAAACAACAUUCCUAAGCCUUUGCCACGACGCUUGAUCGGUUCGACACAAAAAACUGCACCUCCAACGACGAGAAUAGCAACCACGCCUACAGAAACACAGCAAUCCGUCAUUACGAGUGUUCAAAACGAAAUGGCAGCUCGACGCAAAGCCAACAUCACCCGUCAGGAUUCCAGACUCUCCGUAAAGUGUCUCAUCGAAAGUAUCGAAAACGCCACAAAACAAGCUAAAGCUGGUCCUGGAAGUCGUAGUAGUUCAACCUCGUCUCUUAACUCUAUUGGCACCAAUGAUGUCAUAACACUAAAAGCUCCUCUACGAGAUCAGCAGAUAAAUCUCAUUUGCACGACAAAUACGACGAACAAUAAUAAUAAAACUCAAUCGACUAAUGUGAAAAAAACGUUUUCUGAAACGAAAAAUACCUCUUCAAACGUUAUCAGUUCGAGUCAGCUGCUCGAUACAACGACGCUCAACUCAAAGACGAUCGACUUUGUGCGGCGUAACAGCGUAACAGAUUUAUCAGCCGACCGUAAGGAUCCACUUUGUGGGCUGGUGAAAAAUGGCGGUUCGCGACGCAACGCUUUUCUCAAAUGGUGCCAGAACAAGACCGUCGGCUACCGGAACAUCGAUAUCACGAAUUUUAGCAGCUCGUGGAAUGAUGGCCUGGCCCUUUGCGCCAUAAUGCACACUUACCUGCCCGAUAAGAUACCCUACGAUUCGCUCACGCCAAAUGAAAAGAAGAGAAACUUCUCGUUGGCAUUUGCCGCAGCUGAAAGUGUCGGUAUACCUACUACUUUGAACAUUGGCGAUAUGUGUCAACUCGAACGACCCGACUGGCAGCAAGUAAUGACCUACGUGACGAGCAUCUACAAGCAUUUUGAAACCUGAUUUUCAUGACAUUGAAAUUGAAUAUUCAGGUUGACAGUUGAUUUUUAGCUCGCGGGGCUCAUCUUUUUCAGAUCGUUUUUUUACCUUGGUCUCUUUCUUUUAUUAUCAUUAACUUAAAAACUUGACAACGAGGAAAUAAGCAACGUCGUCUAGUCAACUUUCAUACCAGGAAAAAGGUAAUUUCUUGCUUUUGUAAGAAACGUAGAGCAGCUUCCUCGAGAGUUCUCAAUAAAAAAAAAAAUAAAAAGAAAGUAAUAUUUUGAGCAGAGAAUAAAAGACAAUAGUAGAGACGCAGGGCUCAAAAUAAACGUAUAAAUUUACAAUCACGUCCAAUAAAGAAAGUAACUGCGUGAAAACGUCCUCACGAGCCCAUUAUUUUUUAUAAUAUUUUGCACUGCGCAAAACUCUUUUAUUCAACGCUUUGAAGAAAACUGAGAAAAUCAAGUGGGAAUGUUAAUUAAGGAUACGAUUGACACACGAAUAAUUCCUUAUUAACAUUAUGAGACUGAAAAUUAUUUCAUACAGUAUAUGUUUUUAUAUAUAUAAAUGUUGUGAAAAUUAAAAAAAGUAAACAGAAAAACAAAAAACCAAUAACCACAUAAUGUGUGACCGGUUAAUUAUAUUGUAAGGCAAUUAAAAUGUAUUUAGAUGAUAGAUUGCGAGUCAUCAUACAUAAAAACGCUCUUUUUUUAUGAAAUGCCGAUUAUUUAGAUGUAAAACGCUAGCAAGUGAAUCAAUGUGAUGGUGAAUCGUGAGUUGUGAUGCAUGUUUCUCUCAGCAUAUUGUAAGUAUUUUUUUUACGUGUAUUUUUGUUAAGUGUUAUUUCUUUUUUCGCUUCAAGUUACAUAUAUUAUAUACCUAAACGCUAUUAUAUUUGUACAGGAGAGAAAAAUUAGAUCGUGUGAACAUGAGAAAGAAUGUGCACGCGUGAAGAGACGCAUUUAACUUGUAAGGAAUCCUAAUUUAUUCUUAUUGAUCGUGCAGUAAGGAAAUAAAAAUGAAGAAAAAAAAUGUAAGCAAGCAACGGCUUAAGUUCUCUGUGAUAUAGCAUUGAUAGUCUCAACAGCAGAGAUACACACGCGAUUAAUAUUAUUUGCAUUGAUUAAUUAUUUUUCACUCACUUGUGCGUGCGUUCGUAGCAUCUCUCACUCCCCUUGCCCUUGUUGCCGGCUUCUUCGCCCUGGUGGCGUAUAGGAAUUUGAAAUAAUACUUCAUGCUAUUCGAAAAUUAACGAAGCGUGAGUUUUUUUUAGUUUGAGUCUACAUAGUAAUUGAUUAAUUAUCUGCUUAUUCAUUAUAACGCGAAACUUGAGUUUGCGACAAUUUUGAGGAGAGUGCUUGGUUUCAAAAUAAAAAAAAAUAUUUAUCUAAUUGUUACAGUUAAUGUUUUGUAAAGAGUCUAAAAAUUUUAUACUAAUAAAACCAACAUUUUCUACUUUGGAAUAUUAAAUACAAUACAGUUCAGUAGAGUAAUAUUAAAUUAUCGAAAGUAUAUGAAAGCAUAUUCAGACGCUAUAACUAAUGAAAUGCCAAUCAUGUUUUUUAUUUGUUUUGAAAAGUUAAUAAGGUUAUUUCAAUAAUCGUACAUUGAACCUUUUAUUUUCAUGUAAAAAUUAAGUAGGUUUAAAAAAAACUCAAAUAUGUACCUUAAAAAACACGUAAAAUUGAAUAAUUGAUUGUUAUCAUAUUAAUAUUAACUUUAUAAUAUCAGUUUAAUCAAUGUUACGAUCUAAAUCGUGAAAACCAUAAAAAAUGCAUAUAUUCUAAGCAAUUCGCUAUACAUAAUCAUUGCAUAUACCAUUAGUACGUAUUGAACUCGAUUAAGCACUUAACUCAAGAUUGUCAAUUUUUCAAUACCAAGCCAUUACAAUAAAAAAUUAUUUGUUUCCAACUCGCGAAAAUUCAUCAUAGUUAAAAUAAAGUUUUUAAUCAAUACUGACGAGAUCAAUGCCUUGUUUUUCCUUUUGUAAAUCAUAAGGUGCUGUUUUUUUUAUACACGCGACUGUUCACACUAUUUUAUGCAAACGAAAUACAGAUGCGGUAAAAUUUUGUAUAACCUGAGAAAGAUUUUUGAAAUCAAAGGUCGUUACUAGAAUUUUUUACUAUUUACGACAUUAUGAAAGUACUUUUCUUCUAUAUAUUGAUCAUGUUGACAUUUAUAAGAAGGCGAGAGAGUAACGCUAAGAGAUGCGCUUUUCAUAUAUAUCUUGUAUUUUCGUAUGAAUAUUCUACUGAGAUCUAUAUGUAGGAAUUGUGACUUUAAAAAAAUGAA